GCGCAGGCCCAGACGGAAGUGCGGGCGGAGGAGCCCGAGCCGAAUCCCGAGCCGGGCGCGGGGCUCGGGGCUCGCUGGAGCGGCUGGCUCCCGCGAUGGCGAGCCUAUGGUGCGGAAACCAGCUGCGGCUGGGCUCGGGGCUCAGCAUGUCCUGCCUGGCGCUGUCGGUGCUGCUGCUCGCGCCGCUGACAGGCGCCGCCAAGAAUUUUGAAGAUGUGAGAUGUAAAUGUAUCUGCCCUCCCUAUAAAGAGAAUCCUGGGCAUAUUUAUAAUAAGAAUAUAUCUCAGAAAGAUUGUGAUUGCCUUCAUGUUGUGGAGCCCAUGCCUGUACGGGGGCCCGAUGUAGAAGCAUACUGUCUACGCUGUGAAUGCAAAUAUGAAGAAAGAAGCUCUGUCACAAUCAAGGUUACCAUUAUAAUUUAUCUCUCUAUUUUGGGCCUUCUGCUUCUGUACAUGGUAUAUCUUACCUUAGUUGAGCCCAUCCUGAAGAGGCGCCUCUUUGGACACUCCCAACUGUUGCAGAGCGAUGAUGACGUUGGGGAUCACCAGCCUUUUGCAAAUGCCCACGAUGUGCUGGCCCGCUCUCGCAGCCGAGCCAAUGUUCUAAACAAGGUGGAGUAUGCACAGCAGCGCUGGAAGCUCCAGGUCCAGGAGCAGCGAAAGUCUGUCUUUGACCGACACGUUGUCCUCAGCUAACUGGGAGCUGGAAUCAGGUGACGAGGAAGAACACGCAGACAACUGGGAAGGAUUGUCUGGGUGUCUGUGCGUUUUAAUGCCCUGUUUGUUUUUACAAAUCCUGCUGGAUGGAGGAAGACUCCAAACUGGAAGCAACCCCAUGCUUGGUAUUUUCCUGUUAAUGUAUUAAUAGAGACAUUUUUACAGCACACAGUUCCAAGUCAACCAGUAAGUCUUUUCCUACUUGUGACUUUUACUAAUAAAAUUAAGCUGCCUGUGAGUUAUCUUGAAGUUCUGUGCCUGGAACAAGCUCUCUCUUUCUUGCCACACAGUUCUAACUUAGUGUUCAAGAUAAUUUCCAGGUGUGUUUUUGCUUCUUUUUCUUGUGGUGGGAGAGAGAAGGCAGGGAUGCCUUGGCAGUGCUUGAGUAGCUUCUCUCAAGUGUCUUUUCCAGACAGACUUGUGAAUACAUCAGACCCUCUACUUCACACUUGUUAAUGUCCCAGUGCAGCUGGCUUGUCAGCGUGCUGGCCUCCCCACUUGACUUUUGCACUGACUACAUUACCUAAGAUUCUGGUUGGCCUGUGGCUGCAUUUCAUGACCAGUUGGAUAUGAAAUGCCUGGGGGUUCCUCAUGAAAUGAAGAUUUGUUUCAUGCACUGUGAUGUCUGAUGCAACAUGUUCUAGAACAAACUGGCCAUCUGCUAGUUUACACUGAUACUUAAACACAGUCUCAGCGUGUGUGGUCUUCCUCAUCUUCUUCUAGUAGCUCUAAGGACUUGAACAUUUAGAAUAAAGACAUUUUCUCUUAAGCCUAAGCCUCCCUGGAUGAUUGACGUACAAAUACUGCUCGGUCCUUUCUGUCUUGCUGAGAGGCAGCUCUUUAAAUAAUGUAGGCAGCUUUGAACAGGACUAGAGUUCAGAUUGCCUCUCUCUGAGAAGUCUAACAGUUAUUGGAUAACUGGCUUUUUUCUUCCUACAUCCUCUUUGGAAUGUAACAAUAAAAUAAUUUACAAAACCCAA